AUGGCCAACAUCAACAUUCGCCGGGAUGUCGCUGACCCCUUCUACCGCUACAAGAUGGAGCGUCUCCAGUCCAAGGUCGAGGGCAAGGGAAACGGCAUCAAGACUGUCAUCGUCAACUUGAGCAAUGUCGCCCACCAGCUCGCCCGUCCUCCAAACUAUGUCAUCAAGUUCUUCGGAUUCGAGCUCGGCGCUCAGACCAAUAUGGACCCCAAGGACGACCGUUGGAUCAUCAACGGCGCUCAUGAAGCCAGCAAGCUUCAGGACUACCUUGACGGUUUCAUCAACAAGUUCGUCUUGUGCAAGGACUGCAAGAACCCCGAGACCGUGGUCAACGUCAAAGACCAGGAGAUCCUCCUCGACUGCAAGGCAUGCGGCAAGAUCACCAAGGCUGAUACCCGCCACAAGCUGGGCUCCUUCAUCUUGAAGAGUCAGCCGAAGAAGGGCAAGAAGGACAAGUCUACCAAGAAGGCUGACCGCAAGGCACGCAAGGAAGCGGAGAGGAACGGCACUGCCGGUGACGAUGAGGCUAAUGGCAACGGUCACAGCCCAGGCGACAGUGGCUCAGACCAGGCCGAGGAUGGUGAUGGUGACGGCGCGCUCGAUGCCGGUAGUGACGACGAGCUCACCCGUAAGAUCAACGCCGAGGCCAAGGAACUCAACGCCCCAGAGCAAGAGAAGGAGGUUGAGUGGUCUGUCGACAUGUCCGAGGAGGCCAUCAAGGCUCGCGCCAAGGCCCUCCCAGAGGACCUCAAGCAGAGCUUGGUCAUCGAGAACGGCGAUGACGAGGAUGGCGAAGGCAAUGUCUACGACGAGCUCGGCAAGUGGAUCGAGCAGUCCGCCAAGGACGAAGGCGAUGUCACCAAGGUCAAAGAUGUCGACAUCUACCUCAAGGCCAAGGAACUCGGUAUCGAGAGCAAGCACAAGACUCCUGCCGUCCUCGCUCAGUGCAUUUUCGACGACCAGAUCGUCAAAGAGAUUACCCCUCGCGCUGCCAUGCUCAAGAAGAUCAUCACUUCGGAGCGCCACGAGAAGGCUUUCCUUGGUGGUAUCGAGCGCUUCGUAGGCAUCGACAAGCCCAACCUCAUCCCACUUGUGUCUGGCAUCUUGAUGAAGAUCUACGAGGCCGACAUUGUCUCUGAGGAGACACUGAAGUCGUGGGGUAGCAAGGCUAGCAAGAAAUACGUCGACCUGCCGACUUCUCGCAAGGUUCGCAAGAGCGCCGAGAAGUUCAUCGAAUGGCUCAACACCGCCGACAGCGAGGAGGAUUCUGACGAGGACGAGUAG